AUGGCACACCGCUCGUCUGCACCACCGCCGGUGAUAAUGGUGCGAGUGCCCUGGUUCGUGGGUGCCACCAGGCGUAAAGUCGCCCGCAAGCGUUCGAAGGGCGAGACAUCUCCAUAUUUGGGGCCCAUCACAAAGACAGAACUGACAGCGCAUGACUCAGGUGUCGUUCUCAGCAACACUGAUCCAGAGGCCGAACGAGACCCGCCAACUGCGCCAACACCAGUGUCAUUCCCAAGCCAGGCACCCAGAAGCAGCCCUUCAUCAUGGAGCAACGACACGCCACCGCCCCAGCUUCAACCAAUCUUCGCCAGGGUUUUGAAGCCGUCAGAUAUCUCUGACGCCCAUCUAGAAGCCUUGAACAUUCAGGUGGACUCUCCUUGUCCUCCAGAUGAGCUCCUACACCACGCACCAGAUGGCACGUCUUAUCUACCACCCCUUUCGCCAGACCAGGCAAUCACCCCAGCAUCCUACGCAGAUGCUACCAAAGUUGAUGCAGCCUCCACCAAGAGGCGAAAGGACUUUGACGAGCGUCUGGUCGAGCUUCGCAUAGACAACGACACUGGAUACCGCGUCAUCACCAGGACGACCAAGCCAGGGAAUAGGCCACCGCGGUUAGGGUAUAUGAGGAAGUUCUGGGAGGGUCUCGAAAGCAUGUCUCAGUAUUGGGACACUGGCCUUGAUCAGUACUAUGAAGGCCCGGCUCCGUCUGCUGAUGAGAAGAUUGAGAAAGGAACUAAACGCCAGAAGCUGGAUUCAUCCCAGGCAAGUCAAGUGACGGUUCCAAUUUUCGGUAAAGGACACAACAAGGAGAAUGAUGCUGGCUCAGAAUCAAAGUCUGAGGAAGCAGCAACUUUGGACGAAGCCAGUCAGACUCCUUUGCCUGAAAACGAUGACCUCUUGACUGGACUCGAGAACGCAUUGUUGGACCUGCCAGAGCGCGCGACUAGUUCAACACCCGAACCACGGACAUGUUUACGAUACAAAGGUCGACGAACAGGCACAGGACGCGAUAUGCCAGACCAAUUCCGCACAGAUACUGUCAAAGCAUUCGUGGAAGGUGUGGUCUGGGCAUUCCAAUGCAAUGUCGCAGCGCCUCGACAGAUGCCGAUUGUGCAGAUGAACAAGCUGAAUCUUCCUGUACGCCAAAGCGCAGGCGUCUUUCGUGUGCCUAAGGAGCGAUCGAAAGCACGCAGCGGUUGGCUGGAAGGACCCAUUACGUGCAUUCAAGUGAGGGCAGAGACAGACUUCGAGGCGGCGGAUCUCAGCGAGUUUCAGUCGAAGACGAAAGCAAGACUAGAUGUGAUGCGUGAGCUCGGUGGAUUGUUACAGUGUGCGCAAGAGCGUCAUCGACAGGGCAAAACGGAAGUUCAACCUGGACAGGGGAAGUGGUGGACUGAGAAGAAGCGUUGGGGAGGCGGCAAUGGUGGCGAGGUCGAAGCCCAGCAAGGGAACAGCGACACGAAGGAUGUGCUCCAAAUGGCCGAGGAGAUGAUCACUGGUCGAAGCUCCAAGACGCGCAAGAAGAAGACGCCGGCGAUGUUAUGGAAGGAGUUGAAGUGCGGGAGCAAACUGUGGGAUGCGAAGAUGGACUACGAAGCCGUCGGCAAGGAUCCGACGUCGGAUUUCGAUGAGAUCUUCAUGGUCUCCGCUCUAAACCACCACAUCUCCAUUCUCAAACUCACCGUCCACGGCGCCUACAUCGACUACCUCCUCACGGAACAGCUUCCCAACCCAAUGCCUUCAGACCCUGCCUGGUGCGCGCCGAGACUCCAGCGGACGCAGUGGUACGAUUUACUGGACAUUGAGCAGCGCGUGCAGGCUUUCUGUGUGUUGUGGGGGAUCAUGGCGUAUCUCACGAGGGAUGUCAACACGACUGCGAGGCCGAUGGAGGGAGACGUGGAUGUUGAUAUGCCGGAGGUGGUGGGGACUUAA